AAUGAUUAUUGUAUUUGUAUCUAUCCGUCGGCGCUCCGUCCCCAGGUUUCUCGAGCUAAUAACAAGACAAAAAAAAAUAAUCUGAACAAGAGCCUUCUGUGUUUCUUCAUUUCAUAUUAUAAAAAGAAACACCAACUCUCAUCUCUUGUCUCUUCACCUCUUAUCUCUCUCUCUCUAGCUAGUCUCCACAAGCUCUAUGCCUCAAGUCGAUCAUGAAGCCUUCGCCGAUGACCCGAAAACUCGACCUUACAACUCCGCCGCGAGUCCGGCUGAUUUUCCGCCGGAAUCUUAUUUCUUGUCCAAAGAUGCUCAGCUCGAGUGGCUCACCGACAACGCCUUCUUCGACCGUAGAGAAUCGCAUAGAGGAAACUCAGUGAAUAAUAUCAACUCGAACCCUAGCUCUCAACGGUACUCCAAAGCGUCCAUCAUCGGUUUGCCGAAGCCGCAGAACACGUGCUUAAACGAGGCCAAGCAGCGGAGAAACGUCGGCAAAACCGAUAAAAACAAGAACCGUACGGGGUUCUUGAAACGGGUCGGGUCACGAACGAAGACGGAUCUUUCGCUUCUUCGCGAGCCUUCUUCUCCUAAUGUCUCGUGCAUGGGUAGAGUGAGAUCCAAAAGAGAACGUAGCCGCCGUAUGCAACGUCAAAAAUCGGUUCGACCGGAGAAGCCAAACCGGGUCAAGAAACCCGGGUUUAUGGCGAGUUUCAGAGCUAUCUUUCGUAUAGGAGGCGGCUGCAAACACGCGCCAUCCCGUGGGACGCACACACCGCCGAGUAGGGCACGUGGUGACAUCAGGAGCCGGCUUCCACCGGAAAAUGUUGAACCGGGAGCUUCCGGUUUGGGUGGGAUGACCCGGUUCGCUUCCGGAAGAAGAGGGGAUUUGUUAGGUGGGGUUGUUGACGUGUCGUGACAAGUGUAAUGUUAGUGAUUGGUUGGUUUUGGUGGGACCUGUUUUAACUGUUGUUGUGUUUGAAAUAUCGUUGGCGCUGACGCGGCAAAGUGGUUUAACGUUCUUCAGGAACACACGGCAACGCGAUGGCGGUGAUUCUUAUCCACCAACCACACCUUGUACUGUUUAUGUAGAUUUUUUCACAUUAUAAUCAUUGAUAUUUCUUUUUUUUUAUUAUUGUAAAUUGUUAUAGAAAUACAUUUGUAUUUAUUAAUCAGUCAAAGCAUACUUCUACCACCACUAGACUAAUGGUAAUUUCAGUUAUAUUAUUAGAACGAAGGAAGUCAAAUUAGCAAUCAAGCAGUUCAUGGAAAAUAUUCGAACAUCUUGUGAAGUUUUCGACUCUUUCACAAAGAUUAAUUUGAAAAGAAAAUCUGCAACUUAAUCUUUGUGAAAGAGUCAAAACCUUCACAAGAUGUUGAAUAUUUCACAAGUUGUAGAAAGAUUAAUUAAGUUGUAGAUUUUCUUUUUCUCUCUUUUCAAAAAAAAAAGAAAAAAGAUUUUAUUUUCUAGUUCCAAUCAUUGAUGUACAUUAUUUUCUUGAGAAAUAAUUCAAAUAUUUAGUUGAUUAACUAUUGUGAUUGACCACUAGACUAAUAUUAUCCCUAUGUUUGAAUGGUUUAUUUUUUAUUUUCCAAUAAUGAUAUUAAUACCAUUUUCCUUUCUCACACAUAUUAAAUAUAAAUGUAAUUAUUUUAUUCAAAUAUUUUUCUGUAAAAACAAAAUUAGAUUAAUUAAAGUAUAAAAUCUGAAUUUUUUAAAUACAAGAAAAAAAAAUCUAAAACGUCAAAAUAAAAACCAGUAAUUUUUGAGGAAUGUUCUUUGUUUGUGAUGCCAAAGCGACAAAGUCUUUGUAAGGUAAAUUUCCACCAAAAGUGUCCAAGGCACUUCCAACUGUUACAUCAUCCAUCAUCGUCACGCCUCCCCCAUAAGUUUACUGGAAUUUUUUUUUUUUUUUGAGAAUUUUUUUACUGGAAUAUGUUGGGUCAUCUAAUUCUAUGUCUCCAUUUUGAAGCAUAGCAAAUACAUUCAAAUUGAAUUCUGGUUUUACAAACAUCAAAAGCAAAGCAUCAUCAAUUUGCCCAAGCGAGUAGAGUACAGUUGAUUUUUGAAAACGGGUGUGUUGCUCACCGGUGAGUAGUUGACAUGUUUCAUCUUCAAGUAGAGCACUGUUUUGUUUUGUAGUAGUAUUGUCUCUGUACAUUUUUCCCAUUUCAAUCAUAUAAGUGUAUUCUUUUUUUUUUGAAACACAUUAUCAUUUAAGUAUAUUCUUUUUCUUGUUUUCGUUGUAAAUUGUUAACGAAGUCCGGUUUAGCUUACCAAAUGAGACUUCUGUUUCUUCUCGUCACUUGUAUCUAUAUAUAAGCUUAGACCCAAUCAAUCUAUCAAAACACAUCUGAUGUUGACGAAUAUGAGAUAUGAUUGAAACCAAGUUAGGUUAUUUUUUGUUAUAACAUUUUUUUUAAUCUUCUUUCAAUAUUUAGAUUGAUGCAAGCAGAUUUGUUUAUAUGCUUCACAAAAAAGAGCCACAGAGAGAUAAUUAAACAAGACAAUGAAAGUUGUGUUUCUACAUCUCAUUCCAUAUAGCUGAUGUACAUAGGGAAUGGAGUAAAAGCAGAAACCACAUAUUCAUAAGUAAAAAUCGACGUAAAGAUCCAUAAUGAGCUGAAAAGGUUGAUAAGUGUAAAAACAACAGAUAUAAACUACAUCGUUGCAUUAAACCAAUAACAUCCA